AUGCAGUGCUGCGGCAGCUGGAACACGGGGUGUUGCCCGACGCACCAUCCCGUUGCCGUCACCUUCGAAAACCUCAGGACGAAGUACUCGGUGAACGAGGAUAUUCGCGUCGAGUACACGCUGCACGGGCACGUACAACAAGCCUCGACCCGCGAUUGGCUCGGCAUUUUUCCAAGAGGAUGGUCAAACCUACAGCAGUAUCUCACCUUCGAAUACGCCCUUGUCGCCCCGAAGACAGCGGCAUCCCCUAAUCGGACGAUUAUUUUCCCACGCAUGUUUCACCAAGAGGCAUCUACAAACACGGAAUACCAGCUCGUCUACGUCACCAGGGAGAUUCAAGUGCUCGCUGUAAGCCCCUACUUCCGGUUUGUAGGGGACCGACGGUUGGACUCGACAAAUUACACUCUGCGCAUUCCUGCCGGCCGACAGCAAGCUUCUUCUAUCGUAAAACAGGAGCCAUACAUCGAUCGUCUCGCAGUUUCCGGAUGGGGACCACCGCGUAUUGUUCUAUCGGAUCAGAGUCUCCUGUCGUUGCGUCCUUCCCGAGGGAUUUGCGGGAACCCGCGUCUCUCCUCAGCCAGUUGCAGAAGUUGCGGGAGGCCACGAGAGCACAUUUGCGGCCUCGCCGCUGGCCGCGCCCGGUUCCUGGCCACUCACAACGCCUCGCUAACUGAACGCGUUCUUCGACUCGAACAAGAUCUGGCCCUUGCCGAAGGCGCCAAAUCCAGUCUAGCCAGUCGGCUCCGGGCUUACGAGAAUUUCGUUGCGGAAAUGCUUCGCUCCUUGGCCACCAAUCGUAGGGUCAAGAUCACGGAUGCUGCGGGAAAGGAGAUAAUCCUGCAGCAGUUAUCGGAAAAUCCCGAUGAACGGAAAUCUGAUAACGAUCAGACCGAGGAAAGAGAAUUUCGUCAGGGAAACGAUCCUCAAACGAAUCAGAUCAAUGAUCCGCACAUCGAGGACUUGGAUUUUUUGAGGAAUCGAAUUCCGGUCGAUGAAUACUUGACGAAUGAAAAGUUCAUUCCCACGAAAGACGAUCGAGGUGACGGACGCGUGCAGUGGAUAUCACCUGAUGAUUCCAGGCGAAAAAUUGAGACUGAGAAGUCACCGGAGGAGAACAAGGAACAAGUCCAAGAGGAUGAAGAGAAUGUCGAUCGGGAAACCUCGACCGACGAGGUUAAGGAUCUGCGUACGAAAGUUGAAAAUAGCAACGAGUCCAGGGAAGAAAUUCCGCCGAAAGUGCGAAUCAAGGAGAUACCUGCGGACGUCGCCGGUCUGACUUCCGCAAUCGGAGUCUCAACCGCUGACGAGAAGAAUGAGAAGGCGAAAAUCGAGCUUGAUGAUGAGAACAAAGCUUUGGAGUCAAAACCUUCGGCGAUUGUUAUUCAGGGCAGCAACGUGAAAUUUGCCAUCAUCAGAUACCAAUGAUAGAACGAUACCGUCAAAUUCGGUGCCGCAUCGGAAGGAUCAAAAUCUCAAAGUCUUUGUGUUCCGACUUUUCUAUCAUAUACGAAAACACCUGUUGUAUAAAUAAUUAAAUACACAUUAAUAUAUACACGCAAA